UGGAGACACAUAGAAAAGAGAAAGUUGAAUGUCCAGUCUCAAUCUAACAGACUAUCUAUGGAAGUGAGAGUCGAAGGAACUCAAAAGUUCAAGAAAAGCAUUCAUACACAAUGAUGUUAACACAGACAAUUAACCUAUCAACUAAAACGACAUAUUCAACUCAAUUUAAAUGAGGCUGAUUUAAAUAAAAAAUGAAGCGAAUAGUGAACGAGUUUACAAGCAACACCUCUGGACAUGGAUGGGGUAUGGUUGGCUGUACAAAUAGCAAGCUUGGCAAGUUAUUAUGGGUAGCUAUCACACUAGGGUCAACCAUAGCUGCAAUUAUAUGGGUAUUGACCAUUGUACAAACAUAUGCAAAGUUUGAAACUAAGGACAGAGUGGAGUUGAGAGCAGAUGAAGACAUUGUAUUCCAAUCUGUCACAGUGUGUUUAUUAUAUGGCUUCUCUCCCAAGAAAAUAAGAGCAACACUUACAGACCCAAAUAGUGGUUAUGUGCUCCAAAAUUCAUUUUUAAAAACAAUAUAUACUAAUCAUGUAGUCCUCACACAGAUGACAAACGAGUCAAUUUUGGAAAAUAUUGUUGGACAGGCAAGAACAAAUAGAGGAUAUUAUGAAAACCUUGGCCCAAGUGAAAUAUCCUCUCUGGGCCAUAACAUUGGUAGUCUUAUACCAUAUUGUAUGUACCAAGAAAGCAAAUGUACAGAGGCAGACUUCAGGAAGCUGGUUCAUCAUGAAUACAAAAAUUGUUAUACCUUCAAUGGGGAGGAUGUAAAUCUAACAAAGCCAAUAAUAACUGAAGUUGGGGCUCAAAGUGGCCUUUCUUUCACCCUGUAUCUUGACCACAAAGAGGGUGCACGUGUCACUUAUGAGAAAAGUCGAGCAAUGACUGUGGCAUCUGGUGCACGGGUAAUAAUACACGAGAAGGGGACACUGCCAGACCCUGACAGUAAAGGAUUUGAUGUGGAGCCUGGACAUUUAAUCAAUGUCGCUCUAUCUGUGGACAAACGGGAACUAAUGAAACCCCCAUGGGGUGAAUGUGCUGAUCAUACCACAUUACACUCAACUGAUUUCAAGUACACUAGAAACACAUGCAAAAGAAAGUGCAUGGAGAAAAUGAUUGAAAAACAAUGUGGAUGCUGGAAAGAUUUACUCCCUGUUGAUUUAAAUGACACUAGAGAUGACGAUUUGCAAGCGUGUGGCAAGAUGAAUAGAGAAGAGUGGCUUAAAACAACAAGAGCAAAUGUAACCGUUCUGAAGGAGGAUAUUGCCAGGAUUAAAUGCCAGAAUGAGAAAUAUUCAUGGUCAGAAGUAUCUGAAGCUGUUGUUGGUUGUGAAUGUAAAUUGAACUGCACAUAUCUUUCAUACAAUAUUGAAACAUCCCAGUCUGUAUGGCCAAUGAAAGGGUCAGAGUUAGAUUUCUAUUGCAUUGGAUUUUCUUAUGACACUGGUUACAAUGGUUCAUCUAUUUAUGAUGAAUUUCACGACAAGAUUGGUGUGCACUGUUCUGACCAUUUUGAAUUUGAGAAUGUUUCAAAGAAUUGGGGAGAUGAAUUAAGAGCUAAUUUCCUUCGCAUAAAUGUAUAUUUUAAAGAUACUGAAACAAAAUACAUCAUUGAGGAGGAGAAUUUCCCAUUGGUUUCAAUGAUAUCAGAAAUUGGGGGAGUUCUUGGUUUAUUUAUUGGAGUAUCACUUAUUACAAUACUUGAGGUCUUUGUGUUGUGUAGUAGUAUUAUUUAUACACUACUUGGAAGAAAAAAGAUGUCAAACGAGAUACAUGAAAAAGAAAAUAUGUCAGUCUCUAAAACCAAUAUAGAGAAAUUGUCUGAUUGCAAAAUUGCUGAUUAUCAAAAUAAUCAAUUUAAAUGACAUAUUAUAAUAUCACUUAAUGAGACAAAUCAUAUUUAUCUUUUGGUAUUGCAAAUGACCAUAUACAUAGAAUGUCUUUCAGAUAAUAAUAAGAAUCCAUUCAUCUAAUAAACUACCAAUCAAUAUAUUACAUUAAGUUCACAUUAAACAAUUUGUGAUUGAUCUGAAGUGUCUGCAUUGAUAUUCAACUUUAAGUGUGCAUGUCAAUGAUGGCUUUUAUGUAAUCAUUCAGACGCACUAAAAGUAAGACAUCAUAUACAUGUACAUUUUUUAAAAAUAAGAUAACAUUACUCUACUAGCCAUAGGCUAAACAGAUAACAAACAAUUAAAUUAAAUUAUCUUUCAUACGUUUCCAUAUUUAUUCACUUACUUUGAAAACCAAGGCACUUUCAAACAGAUAAAAUAACAUUACAUGUAUUCUUAAAUCAAAUAAAUUUUUUUUAUUCAUUUGCAUUGGCUCCAAAUUAAGCUGGC